AUGCUCCGACAAAGACAUAGCAUCACCGGUAAAGAGGUAGAUGGUCUUACAAUCUCAGAGGGGUAUCGCAAUGCCUUCCUUUGCUUUUGGCCUUAUUCCUUUUGUUGUUUUCUGCGUUUGACUGGUCUCCUUUCAGAAACGUGGGACUUCAAGCUUCCGAAGAAUAGCCGGCAGCUAAGAGAAAAGAAAAGGGGCAAAGCAAACGCAGCGAGAAAGCCGGGCCCAGACUGGAUAUAUGUGAGCACUACCGUGAACUUUAAGGGUCUGGCCGCUUCAGCCUCUCACUAG